AUGGACUCUAUGAACGCUGAUGCCACUAAAGAAGAAUUACAUGCUGAUCCCAUUGAUAUUAAUACAUCUAUAUCAUAUCUAGCAGCAACACCUAUCUCUCUUGAUAGGAUUCUACAAAAAUGUGGUGAUCUUGGUCGAUUUCAGUUCAUACACUAUUUCUUUAUUAAUCUCAUUUCUAUGAGUGCUGCAGUUGCUGGCUUUUAUUAUGUUUUUGCUGUCGCUGAUUCUGACCAUCGAUGUCGACUACCAGCUAAUGUAUGGCCUAAUGAUACACAAUAUAAUCCAAUAAAUAUAACACAUGAACUAAUCAUAAAUACAUAUAUACCAAAAACAAAAGAUGGAAAAAAAUGGGAACAAUGUGUUCUUUAUUCAACUGAAUAUCCGAAUGAUACUCUUAUUGAUUGUCCAAAUGGAUGGGUUUAUGAUCGAUCAGUAUUUGGAUAUACAUUUACUGAAGAAGCAAAUCUUGUUUGUGCUAGAAAACCAAAACAAAGUUGGAUAGCUACUCUAAUGCAAUGCGGUGGUUUUGCAUUACUUAUUAUUGGUACCUUUGCUGAUAAAUUUGCUCUUUUAUUGCUUAAUCAAUUUGCAUCUGGUCUUACUGCUGCUGCAUUUAGUCUAAUAUUUAUUCUAGUUCUUGAGUUAACAUCAUCAGCACAUACAAGUUUAGCUGGAAAUGUUGCACUUGUUUCAUUUGCAGUUGGUGAAGGUAUUGUUACUUUGUUUGCUUAUCUAGCAAAAGAUUGGCAAAUACUUAAAUGGGCUGAUACAGCUUUUAUUGGCUUAGUUAUACCAUAUCUUUAUUUUAUGCCUGAAUCACCAUUAUAUAUGUAUUCUAAACGUCAAUAUGUUCAACUGGAAGGAUUGUUACGACGAAUAGCAACUACAAAUAAACGAAAAGAAGAAGAUUGGUAUCCUGUUUAUCAAGAAUUUUUAAAAAAUCAAACAGCUAUAUCAUUAAGCACUAAUGAAUUAUCAUUAUCUCAAAAAGCUAAUAGAAUUCUUACACAUCGAUCAACUGUUUUGAAAUUAUUAACUACAGCUUUACUUGGUUUUACAACACUAAUGCUCUAUAUAAAAAUAAGUUAUGGUUUAGCUGUAAUGAGUAUUUCACCAUAUUUAGGAAUAUUAAUCGGUGCUGCUGUUGAAGCUGCUGGAUAUGUAGCAGGUUCUUUACUUAUAUCAACAAGACUUGCUCGUAAAGGUUCAUUUAUUCUUAUGGGAGUUCUAACAACUAUUUGUGUUAUUCUUAUACCAAUUCUUUUAAAAUAUAGUCCAAUUGCAACUGUAUUUAUUGCACAAUUCGGAAAAUUUGCCGUAUCAGGUGCUAUUGCUGUAUCAUGGAUAUUUGUACCUGAACUUUUUCCAACAUCAAUUAGAAGUAGUGCGAAUGGAUUUUUUAUUGCAUUUAGUCGUAUUGGUGCUAUUGUUGCACCAAUUAUCAAUGCAUCUGUUAGUAAUGAAUAUUUGUCAUAUACAUUUUAUGCAUCAGCAGGUUUAGCUGUUAUUGUUGUUUUGUUAACAUUACUCUUACCAGAAACAAAAUAUAAACAAUUGGAUGAAGAAGAAGAUUAUGAAACAAAUCAAAACAGUGCUGCUUAA